CCCACCCACCCACCAACCAACCAAGUAACCAACUAAUCUAUCGUCCCUCUCUCUGUCUCUUUACCUAUCUAUCUAUCGGUCUUACCAACCUUGGGUCGUCAAUAUUGCCUGAUCGUUCCACCCCGCCGGCCUCCUGUCGAGAGCUCGUGUGGUGUCCCCAACUCUGGUCCCCAUCGGCCGCGCACAUCGGGGAAAACAUCCGACCUGCCGGGGCGUAUAUCGUACCUCAACGGAUAUUGAUGCCUCCCUCCUUCCUUUAUCCUCCAGUCUGUUCCACCGUCUAGUCCGUCCCUCGGCGCUCUUCCUCGUCUCCGCUUAUCCUCCGCUCCUGGCCCGUCUGCCGCCCUUCUACUACUGUCAACGCGCCGGUCGCAUUUCUUCCUAAUUCCCUCGUGCUUCAUCAACAAGCCCAUCAUGACUUCAAUGAACGGGGGGCCCAUGCCGUUGGACGUGAGUGCGGCCAAUCGACAGACAUUGCCACCAGAGGCUAUGCAAAGUCAAUCCGGUUCCAGACCUUCGACCCUGGGAGCCGACUUUUUCAAAUUCUUUAGUGGGACGCAGAAGAAGGUUACUCGAGAUGGCCAACCGGCCAAACGACGCGGCCCCAAACCAGAUAGCAAACCGGCCCUUACCAGACGGCAAGAAUUGAAUCGCCAGGCCCAGAGAACCCAUCGCGAGCGCAAGGAACAAUAUAUACGGGCGUUGGAAACGGAGGUGUCACGGUUACGGGAGGCAUACACUCAGGAAAUCUCGGCCGCCAACCUAACCGUUGUUCAACACCGGGAUAUGGUGCAAUCACUGUCGGACGAGAACAGCAUACUGAAAGAGAUCCUUACGGCUCAUGGCAUUAACUUUGAGGCCGAUCUCGAACGCCGCAAAGCUGAGCGACCGAAUCUGGGAUAUCAGUCAAGCCCGUUUGCAAGCAGUAGUGUCGGAUCACAACCUACAGGUGUUGCUCCCUCCAAUCCCUCGAAUAGCAACAUGUACACGACGCCACCUACGACAGUCUCCGCGAGUUUGAGUCCUAUCACCAAUGGCAUCGAGAAUAUCGAUGUUUCACCGAUGCAGGAGUUGACACCACUGCAAGGGCCGUACCAGGCCGCUCCGUGCGACGCGUUGGCCACGCUAGACCAGAUAGCUCCGGCAAGCCGGGCGCCGGUCCAACCUCCUGGUAUCUUUGAGGAGCAGCCCCAGCUGCAGAUUGACUUUAUCUUAACAUUGGAAUCGCCAUGUCGCGAGCACACGGACUAUCUCUGUCGCCGGUCGAUCACCGAAGCUGACGACGAGGAUAUGCCUUUCUCAGGCCAUGCCCUGAUGGCGACAUGUCCGCCGCCCACAUAUAUUGCCACGACAACGAACGAGCAAGUGUACCCGCACAAGACAUACGACCUGCCUCACGCCAACCUUACGACGCUUCUCAACCUCAGCCGACAGCUGGUCACUGAAGGACAGAUCACGCCCAUCAUGGCGCUUCAGUGCCUCAAAAACCACGAGCUGUACCGCAACCUGACCCGGGACGAUAUCAAGAUCAUCAUCGAGACCCUCAACACCAAAGUCCGCUGCUACGGGUUCGGGGCCGUGGUGGAAGACUUCGAGCUGAUGGACUGCCUGAGUAGUGUGCUCGGGUCCAAGGUCGAUCGCGGCCUGUCGCACGCGGGAGAUGAGAUGAUGUAUUCGUGAGCUGGUUGGCGGCGGAGUUUUGAGCGAUUUAUUGUGUUUUGGAUGCGGGUCCUGGCGAGGUGUAAAUAAAAGCUCUGGGAGCAACGGUUUUCUUUGGGAUCUAACCGCCAGACAGCGACUGGCCGUCUAGCUUUGUUGAUG